CAGCGACGUCGCCUGUCCCCUGAGGGGUCGGGCGACUCGACCAAGCACGCUGGCUAUGGCGUCGGCCGCGAGGGCGGGAAGAGGAGCCAUUGAGGCAUCGAGGCGUCUGCUUGGGCGGGGAUGGCAAGGGACACAUGGCAUUUCCCGCGUGAGGAAUGCCAGCUUGCUCGGAGGAGAGUUGCUUCGGCCGCGCAGGGCGGUCGGGAGCGGGAUAGGAACUCUACAGCGGAUAGCCGGCGGAACGUCGAUCACGACGACGACGGGCAAUGUCGCGGAGCAACAGGUUUAGAAAAAGAAAAAGAGUGCAAGAGGAGGGGGAGGAGGGGGGGAGGAGGGGAGGGAGGGGGAGAUUGCGGGGGCUAUGGAAGCUGAGCGUUGCUGGGCAAGCGGGAUCACGAGGAGGAGCGGGAGCCACGCGGUGUGGGGGGGUGGGGCAGCAGGGGCAAUCGCGACCCCGGUCCCGAUUGCGCGGGUUGCCAUGGCCGUGGAGCCACCGAAUCUCAUCGGCGGCGGAGAGCAGUGGAGAGGGUUUCUCUUUCCGCCGCGGACUGCCGUCUGUCGGGAUCUCGACCUCUCGUCGUCGUCGGGCUUAGGGAAGCUGUCGUCCUCGGCAGGAUCUCGGGACGAGGAGACAGCCGCGCCCGGGAACGGUUGGGUCGGCGGAUGGAACGUGCGGGCGACACGUGGCAUCUCCUCCGGGCGGCGGUUGCUUUACGAGAGGAGUCUGUCUGCAGGGAUCUCGAUCCCGAUGGGAAUGUCUACCGCUGAUCUGGAAAGCGCCAGAUCAGUGGUCCGCACGGAUCGCGAUCCCGACUUCGGCCAGCAGCGGAAUCAGCUAAUAAUAGCAACGGGGUGUCCUGGAGCAGGAGCGGGAGGGGGAGGGGGAGGUGGAGGAGAUGGACUACCGGUCGCUGCUCCUGCUGCCGGCAGCAGCCCCGUGGCGGCGGGGGCGGCGUCCAGUAUGGCGGCGGCUGUCUCCAUGCCUCGAGAGACAUCUGGAUCGGGUUCUGUUUCUAAUAUGGGUGCGCGCAGCGGGGCAGGCAGCCUGGUCGAGAUCUCGGCCAAGAUUUUCGGCAACGUCAUCGGAAAUGGCCUGCGGUCGGGACACAAGAUCCUUCGCCAGCGGUUGCUGGGCGAAAAGAUCACCAGUUGGUAUCCCAAUCCCAUCCAAAAGACAGAUCCCAGGUUCGAGGCCAUUGAGGAGAAGAGACGGCUGCUGAAGCUUGAGAGAUUGAGAAGGAGAGGGAAAGGAGCGCCGAAGAAGGGACAGGGAAAGCGUGCAGCAAAGAGGGGCAGCAAAUAAAUAAGGCUCACCAUUCGGAGGGGUACCAAAGAAAUAUGGUGCAGCCUCCUGGUGAUGAGUCAGUCGGUGAAACUCUCUCGACGAAACAAGUCUGUCACAGCCCUCGCUUGUUUGUUGUCCUCUUCUCCCUCUCUGCCUACGGCUCACCGGGCAGUUCUCUAUGACACACGGGGAUGGGGGCAGCCGCCGCUCAACCUACAUCCACGUGGGCGGCCUUGUACGCAAGAGGUUCUUUAUGAACAGGGGGAGUCUUGUAAGGAAGAAGAGAAAAAAUGAAUUUAUUUCUUAUUUUUUUCGCAUCUGCGCUCUGAUAAAUUUGUGACGAUAUAUAUAGAAGCUGUGGUUGUGACCAGAGGAAAACAAAGGAACAAACUACCCCAUAGCCACCAGAUAGCCACCACAUAGCCAUGGUUAUGGAUGGUUUCGUCAUAGGUGCGUUAUGGGAGCCUCAGCUCUCUCGAUGGAUGAGAACGCGGAGAAGGGAGUUCAGUUUUGAGAACAUCAUAAGCUCUUCUUCUUUUGGCAGAACGCGGAGAAGGGAGUUCAGUUUUGAG